AUGGCAUUCAAAGCUUUCUGUUUGGGGCUGCUUUGUGCUCUCUUUGCCUUUUGUAUAUAUACCCCCAUACCCAGCAACAUUGAAGAAUACUGGAAAGUAACAGCCAUAGAUAUAUCUGCUAAAACUGGCACAUUUAUGGCUAUGUGUCUUGAGACUAUAGGUAUCAUAAAAUAUGAAAAGUUUAUUUCCAUGAUACUGAGGCUGGACUAUACCCAACCAGUUUCCGAUGAGUAUGUCACAGUGAUGGAUACAGAAUUUGUUGGCAUUCCAGUACGUUUGUACUUGCCAAAGAGCAAGUCAGAAACCCCAAGACGAGCUGUAAUCUAUAUUCAUGGUGGUGGUUUUUGUCUUGGAAGUUUCAAAUUUAGAGCUCUUGAUGCCCUGAAUAGAUGGACUGCAAAGAAACUCGAUGCUGUCGUCAUCGGAGUGGACUAUAGAUUAGCUCCUCAAUACAAAUUUCCAGUUCCAUAUGAAGAUUGCUUCACUGUAGUCAAGUAUUUUCUUCAAGAUGAAAUUCUUACAAAAUAUGGAGUAGACCCCACCCGAAUCUGUAUUGCGGGAGACAGUUCUGGGGCUAAUUUGGCAGCAGGAAUCAUUCAACAGGUGCAGAAUGAUCUUGAAUUUAAACAUAAAGUCAAGAUACAAGCUUUAAUUUACCCUUCCUUACAGAUACUUGAUUUAUAUUUGCCAUCUCACCAAGAAAAUGAGCAUGGUAUAAUCCUAACAAAGGACUUAGCCCUAAAAUUGACGAGUUUGUAUUUCACUGAGGAUGAAACAUUUCCCCAGGCAAUGAGAAGAAAUGAACAUAUGCCUCUGGAAUCAAGACAUCUGUUUAAGUUUGUCAAUUGGAGUACUCUCUUACCCGAGAAGUUUCGAAAGGAUUAUGUUUAUACUGAACCAAUUCUUGGAAGAUACAAUUAUUCAUUGCCAGGACUUAUGGAUAUCAGAGUUUCACCCUUGUUAGCCAAUGAUUCCUGGUUACAGAAUUUGCCACGAACCUAUAUUCUUACUUGCCAAUAUGAUCUUGUGAGGGAUGAUGGACUUAUGUAUGUUUCAAGACUUCAAAAUGUUGGAGUUCAAGUAACUCAUGACCAUAUUGAGAAUGGAAUCCAUGCAGCUUUAUCAUUAAUAGCAUCACCACUGUAUUUACAACUAGGUUUGAGGAUGAGAGAUAUGUAUAUUAGUUGGCUGGAUAAGAAUUUGUGAAUAUAGUAUGUAUAAAAUAUAGAUGACCAUCAGGAAAUGGAUUGUAAUUUGUGAUAUUUUAUAGUUGUAGUACAAAGAACAAUGUCAUCUGUGUUGUCUGACUCUAGAUUUAAAUCAAUUAUAACAGUUACUGUAUGUCCUCGAACUGGUUAAUUUUUCUGAUUCA